AUGGCUUGCCUAGAGGAUGGGAACCAGACUGCAGUGACAGAGUUCAUUUUAUUGGGAUUAACAGAUGACCCUGUCCUUAGAGUCAUCCUCUUCACCAUCAUCCUGUGCAUCUACCUGGUGACUGUGUCUGGGAACCUCAGCACCAUCCUUCUCAUCAGAGUCUCUUCCCAGCUCCAUCAUCCCAUGUACUUUUUUCUCAGCCACUUGGCUUCUGUUGACAUAGGAAUUUCAUCUUCUGUCACACCCAAUAUGCUUGCAAACUUCCUGUUAACACAAAAUACCAUCUCCUACCUUGGAUGUGGCAUCCAGCUCAGCUUUGUUUAUUUCUUUGGGACAGCUGAAUGUUUCCUUCUGGCUGCAAUGGCUUAUGAUCGCUUCAUGGCAAUCUGCAAUCCGUUCUUUUAUUCAACGAAAAUGUCUGCACAAGUCUGUAUCCAGUUGGUUGUGGGAUCUUAUAUAGCAGGUCUUCUUAAUGCUUCCUUUGUUACAUUUUUCUUUUUUACCUUUAUCUUCUGUGGACCAAAUAUAAUCAAUCACUUUUUCUGUGAUUAUGCUCCUUUGAUUGAGCUCUCCUGUUCUGAUGUAAGUGUCUCUGUACUUGUUACCUCAUUUUCUGCUGGAACAGUUACUAUGCUAACAGUGUUUGUUAUAGCCAUCUCCUACACCUAUAUCCUCAUCACCAUCCUGAAGAUGCGCUCCACUGAGGGUCGACACAAAGCCUUCUCCACCUGCACUUCCCACCUCACUGUAGUCUCCCUGUUCUAUGGAACUGUCAUAUUCAUUUAUGUGAUGCCCAAGUCCAGCUUCUCCACAGACCAGAACAAGGUAUUGUCUGUGUUCUAUAUGGUGGUAAUUCCCAUGUUGAACCCCCUCAUCUACAGUCUCAGGAAUAAUGAAAUUAAGGGUGCUCUGAGAAGACAGCUUGAGAGAAAAACAUUUUCUUAA